UACGGGACUAUCCUGUAAGUCACCGCUCGGGGUAAAAAAAGACAUUCCAAAGCGACGCGUCAGGCCUCAACGUAAGGGGGCGCGACGCUGGCGCAUUGCAUUGUGGUCACCGGUGCCUGAGUUGAAACAGAAAGCACACGGCUGCUGGGCGAACUCUGGUGAUUUUCAACUUCAAGACACGACAUUUGGAAGUAAGUUGGAACAAGGCGAUAACAACACAUAAUUGACACACGACGUUAUUAAAAAAAGUUGAGGGAGGCCUCAAGAAAAAGGAGGUUUAGAGAGAUAAUCCGGUUUAUUGACGGCGGUGCUAGGUUAGCUUUCGGUUCCUGAGAAGAAGGCGCCUAAAUUCUCUGCUAACAUGUCUGCUCAGACAAACUAACCACAGAGAGGAGCACAAUGGGUCACAUCGUGCUCCAAAGAGGCCAGAAAUGUAUAGAAACACGCGUUGGCUGUUGUUUGUGGUUAAAAAAACUGUAAAGCGGGUUAAAGGUGUGAAACAUUAGCACACAUGCUGAAGCUGUUAGCAUCUACUGCUGUAGCAGCGCGCGUAAUUCAACCCUGUGGACCCCGCGCCGCUGGAGCCCGUCCAUAACACUAUUAACUUUUCUGCUUGUUUAACUCUCUGCCUUUGUGUUUGAGUGUUUGAAAUCCCAGCAAACACAAACACCACCAGUGAAGUAAGAAAAGUAAAUCAAACAUUGCUGCUCGGGUGAGUGCCCGCCCCGUCGUCCCUUUUGUUUGACCAGUGCCAGGAAGUCUCAUUUAGGAACACUGAACAACACACUAAAGGUCACUAAACGAAUCACAGCUUCUCCAGAUUGAACGGAUUAUUCAAAAAUAUAUAUAUGUGUAAUAUUUAUAUCCACUAACCCCUGUGAAAAAAUAGUCUGUUUGAUCAUCAUUUUAAUGUUAAUAUCAGUUUAUUUCACAUUGUUUUAUGGUUAGUUUGUUGAUUUGGGAAAGCUUGCUGAUUUAUUUUACAUUGAACACCCACACUUAAUAACCUUUUGUCCAUGAGGGUCCAGUAUUCGCCUUUCUCUGUGAAUAAAUUGACUGAUUACCAAUGAAAGCAACUGGUGAGGUGUGCAAGCUUUCUCUGCUGCAUGUUUGCCUUGUCCUCUGGGUCAUUUGCCUCACCUAAUGUUUUCACUUGUCAUUCCAUCUCACAUAGUAACCCGCCCAGCACACAAUAUGUUUGACAUCUUUUCACAUGAGUAAUACCAACAGCACAAACCUGAGGCACUGGUAUAACCUGUGGUACUUCAACUCUGCAUCUGAUUUGAUCAGAUACUUCUUUAAGGCACAUCAAUAAAGUUUUGUGUUGGAGUUUGUAAUAGAGCCCGACCACAUGGUUUUUUGGGGCCAAUGGUGAUUUUUUAGGGUUUUUUUAGAAGUUAUUAUAUAUAUAUAUACACACACAGUAGAUAUCCGUUGAGGUGGACCACUCUCCUCCGUGCGUCCCUGAGCUGCCUGCUUCAGAUCCGUCAGUUUGCUGUGCUGUGAGGAAGUUAGUGGAUGAAGAUUGUCAUGAGGUCGCUGCGCCAUCUACAGGAUAAGUCAGGGAACUUAUCAAAUGGCGGAACAUCGAAAAUUGGCGAGUUUUGGCCGAUUACCGAUAAGUCUCAAACGGCUUGCCGAUAAAUCGGUCAGGCCCCAGUUUGUAAUAUUUAAUUUAAACUUUUAAAGAAUGAUUCAUAUUUUUAUUGUACAUACAUAACUGUUCCAAAUAUGGGUACAGAAUACAGAUGUCAUAAAUGAAUGUAGAUGCACUGAAUAAACAAUGUCGGUUGACCCUAACAGAGUAUAAAUUGUAUUCUGAACAGCUGCUGUCAAGGAUAGAUUUUGUGAUUUCUUUUAUCAAGAGUUAUUUACAAACUAAGCAACAAGUAAAACCCAGUAUGUGGGAGAAAGUUUAAUAACUUUGCUCCUAAAACCUGGAUAAAGUAUUCAUAAGACCCCUUAAACAAUAUUUCAAAUAUGGUUUAAAGUGUUGUGUAAGGUUACAGCACCAGGCCUUCUCUGUUUCCGUUGGCUUGCAGUUUCAUUAUGACUGUGAAGAAAUGUGGCAGACAACCACAAGGAGGAUGCCGAAAGAGUAAAGUUUGUGAAGAUUUCCAGUCACUGCAAAUAGAACUGCCACAAAACACAGAAAAAUAAAUAGGGACACUUUGAAGAUCAGUUUUGUACUUUGUAUAGCUGAUCUGUAUAGAAAUAAUGCAAAUGUAACUGUGUUUACAGAUCAGAAGCUGUUGAUUUGAUCCCACUCACAGGACAGCCAUGUCAUCGACAUCCCAAAAACAUAAAGACUUCGUGGCAGAGCCCAUGGGUGAGAAGCCUGUGAUGGCCCUUGCAGGCAUUGGAGAGGUCCUCGGCAAAAGACUGGAGGACAAAGGCUUUGACAAGGUGAGAGAUGUCUGAAACCCUCAUCAGAUUCACUGUCAGAACGGUAAUAAUCCUUGUUGUAAUACUGGUGUUUGAUUGCUUAAAAAAUAUUGCCUAAAUUGGAUAUUUUGUUGUCUGCCCCCUCUGCAGGCGUACGUUGUCCUCGGUCAGUUCCUGGUGUUAAAGAAGGACGAGGAGCUCUUCCGAGACUGGCUGAAAGACACAUGCGGUGCAAAUGUCAAGCAACAAGGUGACUGCUUUGGCUGUCUGAAAGAAUGGUGUGAUGCCUUCUUGUAAAGCAUCUGGUCAUGGGUUUUUUACUUCUGAAGUCCAAACUGUGUAUUACCUCUUCACUGAUUUUGAUUCAAUUCUGCUGCACCAAAUGUUUGGACUGAGAUUGUUCACUACUAAGAUUUUUAGAAAUGUACUCUGUUCUCUAAAAUCCUUUUGUCGCCUAAAAAGUUUGAACAUAUCUUCACAGUUUUGGCUUAAAUGAUCUGAACCUCCAUGUUCUGUAAAUUGCUGUAAAGUUGAGGAAAUAUGGGCAGUUUGACAUGUCAAAGUGAAAGGUGUAGGAGAUAAAACAAACAAAAAAAAAAAGAACUAUCAUUUCUAUUCGGAUUUUUAAGUGAUGCGACAAAUGACAGAAAUAGUAAACCCUGUUUGACAUGUCAAAAUGUCUGCUGAGCAGCUGCAGUGGCGUUCAGACUCAAUGUACUCUUUUAAGAUUUGAGGAAACUGUUCAUCAUUUGAAUACCACAUACUCUAAUUUUUAUAAAUGUAAAGUUCACCUGCUGUUGCCCAUAUCUUGAGAUUUUACAGUUCAGAUAUUACAUGGCUACUUACUUCUUCAUUAAUAUGUUUAACAAAAAUCUUUUUCAAUUUCAGAGCAUGUUUCGUUUUCUUUUUGUGAGCUGUAUCAGUACAAUCCAGACUAGUAUUCAUGCUCAGUCUAAUAUUUUGGCUUUUUUUGCCAUGUGUGUCUGUUUUUAAAGCCAUUGAAACGUUGAUGUAAGUUGUAUUUUCUGUUCUAUCACAGUCUAGUAUCAUGAAUCGUAAGUGCACCAAAAAGGUUUCAAUAAUCCUUCUGAAGAAGUGUCUCGCAGCUGAUAUGAGUUAUUAACAUGACAUGGGAAUACAAACCUCAAAACUAAUGUGACACUGUCUUAGCAGAGAAGAGUUUUCUUUUUAUAUAUAUAUUACCUAGACUUUUAAUUCUUAAUCCUGCAUAUGAAAAAGAAACCUGGUCUGCUCAGAGCUUGUUUAAACCUGAAGAUAAAAAUAUAAAUAAAGAUGCCAAUACAACAAACUCAAAGCUGUCGAAAGAGUGUCAGUCUAUUACUGAGUGGGCUGUGGUCUUAACUUUAUAUGACAAAAAGCUCAAAUAUAAUUAAAAAGUGCUAAUUUUAUAAGCGUUUUGUACUUAACUGGAACGCUGGGUUACAAAAAGAAUAUUACAGCCAGGUUAGUGUAACAAAAAAAGCUUCGCUAUGGCAGCAAACCAUGUCUAUCCCAUUUUGUUCAGUAAUAGUGAGGAGGCCACUGUAACUGACAUGCUGUUAUUAUUGAAUGUAUUUGUCAGCUGAGCUUGUCUUUCAUCUAACUACAAACUUCUGAAUUAUCUCUAACUCUUCAUUAAGAAUCCCUGAUACAGUGGCUCUAAAUUAAGUUUAAAAACGACCUUCAGUAUGUGUGCCAGCCUGCUGUCUUCAUGCCUGAGUUGAUAUUUUUCUCAUUUUAAACAUGAGACGCCUUAAUGCAUGCUCACUAUGUUAUUCAGAGGAACUAUUAAACCUGCAGAAGUGCAUGUCCAAGCUAUGUCACAUAAUUCUAUACAUCACCUGCUGUUUAAGUACGAAACCGUUGUGUAGCAGAUGUAGUCCAAAACACCGGCUGGUGUGUUUGCAUUUUACUGUGAGACUCCUCCGUUUUUAUAAUGCUGUUAAUACUGAAUAAAAGGCAAGUUUCAGACGCUUGGUAACAGGAUGUUUUAUUUCAAUGCCUGAUAUUCCAUGGUUACUUUUUCACCAGAGCUCCUAAUUUCAUAUUUGCAAAUACUGAAAGUACAUUUGUUUUGAAAUGUUCCAGAGCAGGGGGUUCCCAUGAGUUUGAUCAUGUCAGAGAUGAUGUAGAAGUCAUGUGAUGGGUACACGUCAUUGACGGGGGAGCACCACUGAUGUGUUGCCUGAACUCAAGGGAGGAGAUGGAGAAAAUAAUUCUUUAUUUAAAUUAAACUUCCAAGUCCUUCCCAUCAGUCUCAUCUUCACAUGAACGAGACUAGACGACAGGCUUUUCCUUGAUUUCCUGGAAACCUCUGCUCUGGAGACCCUCUGACUGGUUAAAAUGAUGAUGAACACCUGUCAUUAAAAGCACAGUAGAACUGCUGUUUUUGCCUUUAGGAAAUAGAAAAUUGUGCCAAUGACAGACUUCUGUUUUCCCAAAUAGCUUUAGUUCAGCUUGAAUGGCUUUAGUUUAACCUUGAACAUCCAUAACCCUUGGAAUGUCUUAUUUUUUUAUUUUGGGUUUGUGAGCUAAAAAAUCUUGUUGACUGAUGAUCGGAUGAAAAAAAAAUAAAAAAAAAAUCAAUGCUUGUUUCACAGUAGCACCUAUACGCACUCACACACACACACACACACACACACACACACACACACUUUCACAUUCAAACUACAGCAACAGUAUAGAAAUGAGCAAAAUCUUAAUAAAACCUUAAAAUAAAUAAACUUUAUGAUCACAAUUCACUCAUAAACAGCUGGUAGAUACAAGUAACUGCCAAAACAGGAAUCACCAAAGUAAACAAAGAGUACAAAAUAUAUCAAAUAUGGAUGGAAUGCAGCUCUGAAGGACAAUCUAAAUGCUAUAAGUCGACUCCUUUUGCACAUGGAAACUCUCAUUUAUGAAUCAUGUGCUUGUUUACCUGACGUAGGCGGAACUAUUCUUCAGUUUUCAGAUCUCCGUACGCUCUUUUUAUGAUCUGACCCAAUCAGAGAAGUACCUGAGACCUGUAGCACCUCCAUAAUCCAAAAGACGCCACUUAAUAUGGGAAUUGAACAUCCCAGAUGAGGGUUUUGAAAUGCUGCAGAAUCCACACAAAGCUUUUUAAGACACUUGAAGAUACACAGACUGUUUCCUUUCAGGCAGUUACCUGUAAUGUAUAAAUGAACAUGAAAUGUAUGUUUUCACCAACAUGAAAGCUGUUUUUUUUUUUUAAAUGUGUUUUUGAUAGCUAUGACACUGUUUAGUAUUUCUGUGUUCAGGUUUUGUUUCAAAUCCUCACACUAUUUUUGUUCUUCCCCUCUAACACUGAGACAGACGAUAGCAAUUCAAGAAUUUGGAUCUAGACAUUUUGUUGUAACUGAUUAUGUACUGUACAUCGGCAGCUUUUAUGCAAGGUUACUAUAGUACACUGAUGUCUUAUUUUCGGUUGAAGUACAUGUACACACUGUACAUACAUGUACAUACUGUACAGUUGUACUCUUAAUCACAACAAUCCCUGAUUGGUUUCAAAGCAGAGCGCAGAAGAAUUUCUUCUCCCUGAAGGGGUUCUCUGAAGUGGGCACGGGGGUGAUCAGGGGGUCGUCACAGGAGUGUGCGUCAC